CAGGAACUCGGUGCAGCAGCCUUCCUUUCCCGGAGGAGUUUCUUCAAAGCGCUUUUUUGGAGAUGGAGCUUGCUGGCACCCCGAGGCCUGGCCGCCAGAGAGGGGGUCCAGAGGGGGCUUAAAGUGGACCCUGAGCUCCGGAGGAAGGAAGAGACUCAGGCAGUCCCUGACCAUGGACGUCGCCACCCGGAGGUGCGUGUUGGCAGUUGCCCUGGUCCUGCUCCGGUACCUGCCCUGUGAGGGGGACCAAGGGGAGACCAGCUCCCCACCUCUUCACUUCACCCACCUUGUGUACAACGCCUCCAUCUAUGAGAACUCUGCGCCCAAGACCUACGUGGAGAGUUACGUCAAAAUGGGCAUCUAUCUGGCAGACCCCCAAUGGGCAGUGAGGUACCGCAUCGCCUCGGGAGACCCCGCUGGCAUCUUUAAAACCGAGGAACAUGUAGUGGGGGACUUCUGCUUUUUGAGGAUAAGGACGAAGAGCGGCAACACGGCCAUACUGAACCGGGAAGUUAAAGAGAGUUACACGCUCCUCAUUCAAGCCACGGAAAAAACCUCAGAGCUUGAAGCUUCGACCCACGUGAGAAUCCAGAUCUUGGAUAGGAACGAUUUGAAGCCGCUCUUCUCCCCACCUUCCUACAGAGUCACCAUCCCGGACAACACACCUCCCAAAAGAACCAUCUGCACGGUCAGUGCUACCGACGCUGAUCUGGGUCAGAAUGCCGGCUUCUACUAUGCCUUUAACCCGCGGUCGGAGCUCUUUGCCGUCCACCCCACCAGUGGGGCGGUGACUGUCACCGGGAAGCUCAGCGCCAUCCACCGGGGCAGGCAUGAGCUGCGGGUCCUGGCCGUGGACCGGAUGAGGAAGAUCGCAGAAGGCAAUGGCUUCGGCAACCUAGCUAGCCUCGUCGUCCAAGUGGAGGCGGCCCUCAGGAAGCCGCCGGCCAUUAAGUCGAUAACGGUGGUGGACUCUGACCUUGCCUAUGCCACUUUGGUAGUGGAGGCUGGCGACGCCGAGGUUAGUGCCGUGGACAUCGUGGAGGGUGACCCGGGGAAGCAUUUCCGGGUCGUCGAGCCAGCCGUCGGGAGCGAUAAGUUCACCGUGGUGUCGGUCAGGGAGAUUAACUGGAUGGAGCAUUCCUCGGGAUUCAACCUCAGUCUCCGGGCCAGAGACGGGAGCAAACCCCCUCUGUACUCCCAGAUCCAAAGGGUCCACUUUCCCCCUUCCAAGCUCAUCUCAGCACGGUUCGACCAAGAUGUCUACCGAGUGCGCCUCAGCGAGUUCUCCCCGCCCGGAAGCCGUGUCGUGAUGGUGAGCAUUUCCCCGGUUUUUCCCAACCUGAGGUAUGUUUUGCAACCCACCUCAGACAGCACGGGGUUCCAACUCAAUGCCCACACUGGACUGAUCACCACCACUAAGCCAUUGGACUUCCACGAGCGGUCCCACUAUAAACUUGCUAUUGGUACCUCUCCAGGGCAGACCUCCACCACCGUCUUUGUGGACAUUGUUGACUGUAACAAUCACGCCCCAAUGUUCUCCCAGUCUUCCUAUCAUGGGACCUUUGAUGAAAACAUCUCUCCCGGUACUAGCGUCUUGACUGUGACAGCCACAGAUAACGACAGCGGGGAGAACGGUUUCGUCACCUACUCCAUUGCCUAUCCAAAAUCAGUUCCGUUCUCCAUAGACCCCUACUCAGGGAUCAUCUCCACUUCCAAGCUCAUGGAUUAUGAGCUCAUGCAAAGACUCUACCACUUUCAGGUCUGGGCCUCAGACUGGGGCUCGCCCUUUCGCCAGGAGACCGAAGUCUCCAUCUCCCUCAUGCUCAACAACCUGAAUGACAAUUCUCCCAUGUUCGAGAAGGCCAACUGCAGUGGGACCAUCCCCCGGGACUUGCAGGUGGGAGAACAGGUGGCCACUAUGUCGGCCAUCGAUAGGGACGAGCUUCAGAGCCUCAAGUACGAAAUCGUGUCCGGUAAUGAGUUGCAGUAUUUUGACCUGAACCAUUUCUCUGGAGUGAUUACUCUCAGACGCACCCUCCAGGGGCCUGCUGGUGCUCAGCCUCACUUCUCUCUGCAAAUUACAGCCUCUGAUGGGGAACACAACGCUCUGCCCACCACCUUGAAUGUGACCGUGGCUGCUCCGGGCUCUCCGGUUCUGAUGCGGUGUGAGGAAACAGGGGUGCUCCGGCACCUGACGGAGACCAUCAUUCACUCCAUCCGGUCUCAGGUACAGGAAGCAAACUCCGAAGAGUACACCUCCCUCAGCACCUACCAGAUCAACCGUCACGGGCCUCAGUUUGAAGAAAGCUUCCCCCGCAGCAUAGACGUCAUGGAGAAUGUCCCCGUCAACAGUACCAUUGCUCACCUCACAGCCACUGACCAUGACUCAGGGUUCAACGGCAUGCUGGUCUACAGUCUGGCCGAAGGGAAUGAGGCAAGCUGCUUUGACAUCGACCUGGAGACCGGUCUGCUCAGGGUCGUUGCUCCACUGGACCACGAGGCCUCCAGUUUUUACGUCCUCAAUGUGACGGUGCAUGACCUGGGCAUCCCACAGAAGUCUUCUUGGAAGCAGCUGGCGGUGAACGUGGGGGAUGCCAAUGACAACGUGCCCAGGUUUCCCCCAGGCGGGUACCGGGUAAGGAUUCCUGAAGACACCCAACCGGGGACCACAGUCAUGCGGCUGAGAGCGGACGAUGCUGACAAGGAAGACAAUGGCAAGGUCAGAUAUGCCCUCCUGACCCCCAGCGAUAAGUUCUCUGUUCACGCUGUCACCGGGGAGCUGGUGGUCACGGGGUCUCUGGAUCGGGAGUCUUGGCCCCGCUACGUGCUGACGGUGGAGGCUCGAGACCAGCCCACUGUGGACCCCCAGUUGUUUUCAGUUACAGACGUGGUGGUGACUUUGGAAGACGUCAACGACAACUCUCCACGGUGCAUCCCACAGCUGAACCGAUUGAAGGUCCCCGAAGAUGCGCCCCCGGGGACCCUCGUCCUGUUCCUGGAGGCCUUUGACCCGGACGCCGGCCCUGGGGGCGAGGUGAAGUAUGCCCUAGUGGAUAACGCUCAGGGGACCUUCCAGGUGGACAAGUGGACAGGCGCUGUGACCCUCGAGAGAGAGCUGAACUUUGAGACGAGGGCCCUGUACAAUCUGACGGUGGAGGCCAGUGAUGGUGGGAAACCCCUCUCCCGCUCUUCCACCUGCUAUGUGGAAGUGUCCGUUCUGGAUGUUAAUGAAAACCUGCACCCUCCUCACUUUGCCUCCUUCGUGUCCAGAGGCUCCGUGCAGGAGAACAGUCCCCGAGGCACAUUGGUCAUGACGGCUGCCGCCCAGGACCCCGACCCAGGCAGAGACGGAGAACUGCAGUACUUCCUCCGGGAGGGCACCGGCCUGGCCACCUUCAGUAUUGACCAUGAAACGGGGACGAUCCGGACCGUGGGGCCCCUGGAUCGGGAGCGCACCCCGCAUUACUGGCUGACGGUGUUGGCGGUUGACCUCGGCUCGGUCCCCCUCUCUGCUGUGACUGAGGUUUUCAUCGAAGUCACUGACGUCAAUGACAAUCCUCCGCAGAUGUCGCGACCAGUCUUCUACCCCUCAGUCCGUGAGGAUGCACCCCUGAACACCUCCGUCCUGCAGCUGGAUGCCUGGGACCAAGAUUCCAGCUCCAAAGGCAAACUGACCUUCCAUAUCAUCAGCGGAAACCAGCAUGGCAACUUUGCCAUCGACCCAAUUACAGGUCUGCUCUCCACCUCCCGGCAGCUGGAUCGGGAAAACAAGGCCGAACACAUCCUAGAGGUAGCCGUGAUGGACAACGGUGAGCCAGGCCUGCAGUCCACCUCCAGAGUGGUGAUCCAAGUCCUAGAUGUCAACGACAACCAUCCCGCUUUCUCCCAUAAGCUCUUCAAAGUCCGCCUCCCUGAGAGGUCAAACGGAAGAGUCUUUGAGCCACUGUACAGGCUGGUGGCCUCAGACCGGGACGAGGGGCCGAACGGCCAGAUCACUUACAGCCUCGAGGAGAAUGACGAGGGGAACUUCAGCAUCCACCCAACAACGGGCGUGGUCUAUUCCAGCCGGGUCUUCCCCAUCGGAGAAUACAACAUCCUGACGGUCAAGGCCACAGAUGGAGGGCGGCCCCCGCUCUCCUCCAGUGUCCGACUGCACAUCGAGUGGAUCCCCUGGCCCGGCCCCUCCUCAGAGGUCCUGGCUUUCGACGAGCCCCACUUCAAUUUUGCCGUCAUGGAGACAGAUCCCGUGAACCACAUGGUGGGAGUCAUCAGCACCGAGGUCCAGUCCGGCCUGCUCUGGUUCAACAUCUCAGGUGGUGAUGAGGACAUGGACUUUGACAUUGAAAAGACCACGGGCAGCAUGGCCAUCGCAAGGCGCCUGGAUGCCAGGAAGAGAUCAAGCUACAACCUGACAGUUCAAGUUACAGAUGGGUCCAGUGUCAUCUCCACUCAGACCUAUAUCCACGUGAUUAGCAUCAAUCAGUACCGCCCCCAGUUCCUAGAGGACCAGUAUGAGGUGAAAGUUCCCCAGGACACGCCCCCCGGUGUGGAGAUCAUCCGGGUCAGCGCCACCGACAAGGACAAGGGGAAGGGCCUGAUCUAUACCCUGCACGGCAGCGCCGACCCUCGGAGCACCAGGCUCUUCCAGCUUGACCCCGGCAGUGGCACCCUGGUGACCGUGGGGAAGCUGGACUUGGAUUCUGGACCAUCCCAGCACAUACUGACCAUCAUGGUGCGGGACCAGGAAGUGCCCAUCAAGAGGAACUUUGUGUGGGUGACCAUCCGAGUGGAGGAUUCCAAUGCCCACCCACCCCACUUCGCCAGCCUCCAUUAUGAAGCCACCACCCUGGACUCAGCGGCCCCGGGCACGGAGGUGCUACAGGUCCGAGCCCUGGUUGAAGACCAUGGAGUCAGUAGUGCUCAAGUCCACUACUCCAUUCAGGCAGGGAACGACGAGAGUUUCUUCAGCAUCGACCAGCUCUCGGGAGUCAUUACGGUAGCCCGGAAACUCAAUCAAUCCAAGCAAGAUGGGUUUUCUCUGACUGUGCAGGCCACGGAUGGAAGCGCUCCCCAACUCCAGGACUCCACCGUGGUGAACAUCCACAUCGCUCCUUCCGACCACACCCCUCCGCGCUUCUCAAAGGAAGAGUACUUUGUGGAGAUCCGUGAGUCCGCCGCUAUCGGUUCUCCUCUCACCCUCGUCUCCGCCACGAGCUUAUCGGCCAUCACAUAUGAAGUGAGGGAAGGAGACAAGGACGGGGUGUUCGCCGUGAAUGCUUACUCUGGCCUCAUUUCCACCCGGAAGAGCCUGGACUAUGAGAAGAUCACUUCUUAUCAGCUGAAAAUCCGGGGCAUCAACAUGGCUGGGGCCUUCGCGGAUGCCGCGGUGCUGAUCUACGUGAUCGACGAGAACGACCAUGCCCCCGCUUUCACUCAGCCGACCUUCGUGGGCUACAUCAGCGAGGCAGCACCAGAGCACAGCUUGGUCAUGGGCCCAGAGCACUCUCCGCUGGUCGUCAGGGCCACCGACGCCGACCAAGACGCCAAUGCCUUGCUGGUCUAUGAGAUCCGAGAACCCGAAGCCCUGAAGUACUUCGCCAUCGACGAGAGCAUGGGGACGCUGACCAUGGUGGCGGAGGUCGAUUACGAGCAGACCUCAUCUUUCCAUUUUAGCGUCCAUGUCCGUGAUCAGGGCAACCCUGUCCUCUUCUCCCCCGAGCCGGCCAAGGUGACCGUCGUGGUCCGAGACGUGAACGACUGCCCACCGGUGUUUUCAGAAGCUGUGUAUGCGCUGACCGCCUUGUUGCCCGUCCAUCGGGGGAUGGAGCUGCUCAAGGUGCUGGCCAAUGAUGCCGACUCCCCGGUGACGUACAGCAUCACGGGAGGAAACGCCGACCAUGCCCUGGCCAUCCACCCACAUUCUGGCCUCAUCUCGGUGAAUGAUGCCACCCAGCUGGGCGGCUCUCGGGAGCUGACCGUCCGGGCUGGUGAUGGCUUCUAUAAGAGCACCGCCCUGGUUCGGGUGAACUUGACGGAGGCUCCCAUCACGUCCCUGAGGUUCGACCGGGAUGAAUACACAGCAGCUGUGAAGGAGAACUCGGGGGUUGCCCAGGCUCUAGUUAUCCUAGGAGUCCAGGGCAGUCAGCUGAAUGACACCCUGUCCUUCUCGGCUCUGAAUGGCCGAGAGCUGUUUGAGAUGAUCCGGUCAGUCGGAGUGCUCCGGACCCGGGGCCUCGUGUUUGACCGGGAGCAGCAGGAGACGCACGAGGUGGCCGUUGAAGUGAGAGACAACAGGAGCCCCCCGAGGGUGGCCCGGGCCACCGUCAGAGUCCGGGUUGAGGAUGCCAAUGACAACAGGCCUACGUUUGAGAACCUGCCCUAUUUCACCAGUGUCCCGGAAGGUACCGACCCUGGGGAUGUUGUCUUUCAGGUCUCGGCCACCGACCGGGACCUGGGAGCGAACGGAACCGUCACUUACGGGUUUGCCGAGGAUUACCAGUACUUCCGGAUUGACCCCUACCUCGGCGACAUCUCCCUCAGGAAACCCCUGGACUACCGGGCCCUGAAUAAAUACCUCCUGAAGGUCAUCGCUCGAGAUGGGGGUGAUCCGCCCCUCCAGACGGAGGGGGAGGUGCUCGUCCUGCUGAGAAAUAAGUCCAACCCUCUGUUCCAGAGCCUCCGGUACCGCGUGAAGGUGCCUGAGAACAUCCCCCUCUUCACACCGAUCCUGCACACCCAGGCCCGCAGCCCCGAAGGCCUCCGCCUGAUCUACAAUAUCAUGGAGGAGGAGUCCUUGGCGCUGUUCAUGGCCGACUUCAAAACCGGUGUUCUGAGCGUCAUCGGCCCACUGGACUACGAGGCCAAGGCAGAGCACGUGUUCACAGUGAGGGCCACAGACACAGCCCUGGGGUCCUUCUCGGAAGCCACGGUGCAUGUGGAGGUGGAGGACAUCAACGAUAACCCCCCGGUGUUUUCUCAGACGGUCUACACAGCCUCUGUCUCAGAGGGCUUGCCAGCUCACACCCCCGUGAUCCGCCUCCUCGCUGCAGACCGGGACUCGGGGAGGAACGGCGCCGUCUCCUAUCAGAUCGUGGAGGACGGCUCUGACGCUUCCGAGUUCUUCCAGGUGGACGGGCGCACGGGGCAGAUGGCCACUGCCCGAGAGCUGGAUUAUGAGCUGCGACGCCAGUUUCGGGUGAAGGUGAGCGCGGCAGAUGACGGCGAGCCCGCUCUGAGCAGCGAAGCCCUGGUGGUGGUACAGGUGGUGGACGUCAACGACAAUCCACCUGAGUUCAGGCAGCCCCAGUACGAAGCCAACGUGAGUGAGCUGGCCACCUGCGGGCAUCUGGUCCUCAAAGUACAGGCCCUCGACCCUGACAGUGGAGAGACCACCCGCCUGGAAUACCUGAUCCUCUCAGGGAAUGAGGACCGGCACUUCACCAUUAACAGCUCAUCCGGGAUCAUCUCCAUGUUCAAUCUCUGCCGGAGGCAUCUGGAUCCGGCUUACAGGCUCCGGGUCGCCGCGUCCGAUGGGGUCUUCCGGUCAACCGUGCCCGUGUACAUCAACACCACCAACGCCAAUAAGUAUAGCCCUGCUUUCGACCAGCAUGUCUAUGAGGCAGAGCUGGCGGAGAAUGCCAUGGCGGGGACCAAGGUGAUUGAGCUGCUGGCUGUUGACCCCGAUGACGGCCCUUACGGGACCGUCGAUUACAUCAUCAUCAACAAGUUGGCCUCCGAGAAGUUCGCCGUGGAUGCCAAGGGCCGGAUCACGACCCUCCAGGAGUUGGACCGGGAAAACUCAACAGAGAGAGUCAUCGCCAUUAAGAUCAUGGCCCGGGACGGAGGCGGCAAAGUGGCCUUCUGCACGGUCAAGAUCAUCCUCACCGAUGUAAAUGACAACCCUCCGCAGUUCAAGGCAUCUGAGUACACCGUGUCCGUCCAGUCCAAUGUCGGCAAAGGUGCCCCCGUCAUCCAGGUGCUGGCUUACGAUGCGGACGAGGGCCUGAAUGCAGACGUCACCUACUCGGUGGACUCGCUGGAGGACUUGGAGGAAGAGGUCAUCGAGAUCAAUCCAGCCACUGGCAUGGUCAAGGUUCGGGAGAGCCUCAUCAAACUGGAAAACCGAGCCUUUGACUUCAACAUCAGGGCCCGAGAUGGCGGCACUCCUCAACGGGACUCUCUCGUUCCUCUCCGGCUUCAGGUCGCUCCCAGCGGAGUGUCCUUGCCCAAGUUUUCCGAACCCUUGUACACCUUUUCAGCGUCCGAGGACCUUCCGGAAGGAUCUGAGAUUGGACUAGUGAAGGCGGUGGCGGAGGAGCCCGUCAUCUACAGUCUGGUAAAAGGAACCACCCCUGAGAGCAACCAAGAUGGAGCCUUCUCCCUUGACCGGGACACCGGGGCGCUAAAAGUGAACAAGUCAGUGGACCACGAAACCACCAGAUGGUACCAGCUUGAUGUCAUGGCUCACUGCUCCCAUCAGGAGACCGAGCUGGUCUCUCUGGUGUCCGUGAACAUCCAGGUGAAGGAUGUCAAUGACAACCAGCCCGUCUUUGAGGCAGAUCCGUACAAGGCUUUCCUCAUGGAGAACAUGCCAGUGGGGACCACAGUCAUCCAAGUGACCGCCAAUGACCAGGACACUGGCAGCGACGGGCAGGUGACGUACAGUCUGGCAGCCGAGUCCGACUGGGUCGGGGAGCUAUUUGCCAUCGACAGGGAGAGCGGGUGGAUCACCACCCGCAAGGAGCUGGACUGUGAGGCUCGAGAGACCUACCAGUUCCACGUGGUGGCUUCCGACCACGGCAGGACCAUCCAGCUGUCCUCACAAGCCCUGGUGGAGGUCACCGUCUCGGAUGAAAAUGACAACGCCCCCCGGUUCACCUCGGAGGUCUACAGGGGUUCAGUGAUUGAGAACAGCGAGCCCGGUCAGCUCAUCGCUACCCUACGGACCCUAGAUGCUGACAUCUCAGAGCAGAAUAGACAGGUUGCCUGCUACAUUACAGAGGGAGACCCGCUGGGCCAAUUUGACAUUAUCCAGGCAGAUGAAAACUGGAAGAUUUCUUCCAAGAAGCCUCUGGAUCGAGAGGACAUUGAGAAAUACUUCCUGCGGGUCACAGUGUCGGAUGGAAAAUUUCAGGCUUCCACCCAGGUGGAGGUUUUUGUGCUGGACAUCAAUGACAAUAGUCCCAAGUGCAGACAGAUCCUCUACACUGGCAGGGUCGCGGAAGAUGUGCCCCCUGGCCAUUUCAUCUUACAAGUUUCAGCAGUGGACGCGGAUGCAGGGGUCAACGCCCAGGUCACAUACUCUCUCCAUGGACCGGGGGCGGAUGAAUUCAGGCUGGAUCCCUAUACAGGGGAGCUGUUCACCCUCACAGCGCUGGACCGGGAGGAGAAGGACAGAUACCACCUGGUCGCCAAGGCCACGGAUGGUGGGGGCCGGUCCUGUCAGGCGGACGUGAUCUUGGGUGUGGACGACGUGAACGACAACGCCCCCAGGUUCACCCUCAGCCACUGCUCCGUGGUCGUCUUCGACAACACCACAGUGAAGACCCCCGUCGCGGUGGUCUCGGCACGGGAUCCCGACGAAGGUCCCAACGCCCAAGUCACCUACUCCCUUACCAACUCCGCCGACGGCCGCUUCUCCGUCGAAGCCACCACGGGUGUUAUCCGUCUAGAGAAGGCCCUGAAAGACAUGGACCACUCGGUGCUAGAGCUGGUGGUGCAGGCUGCCGACCAGGGCGACCCGUACCCUCUGUCCACCCUCAGCACAGUCACCGUCUCUGUGGUGGACCUGACCGAGUACCUGCCUGUGUUCCUGAGCCCAGAGCAUGUGGUGGAGGUGGCGGAAGGUGUAGCUGUGGGCACCGAGGUGUUGCAACUCUCGCUGCUGACCAGGGAAGGCACUGAGAAGUCUGGCUACCGGAUCGUCGGUGGAAAUGACCACGGGAAAUUCAGACUCAAUUCCCGCACAGGGAGCCUGUACGUCAAUGGGAGCUUGGACUUUGAGGUCAGUCACGAACACUACCUGUCCAUCGAAUGCAGCAGAAAGGGCGCCUCCUCCCUCAGCGACGUGAUGACGGUGGUGAUCAACGUGACCGACGUCAACGACCACGAGCCCAAGUUCACCCAGGAGCUAUACAGCACGGACAUCCGCGAGGAUGCCGCCGUGGGGGAGACCAUCCUGACACUGACCGCUGUGGACGAGGAUGGGCCGAUGAACAGUAACGUCACCUACAGCCUGGUGGGAGGAGACCCCCAGGGCCACUUUGCCAUCCAUCCUAAGAGGGGUGAGAUCCACGUUGCCAGGCCCCUGGACUGGGAGGAGACCCCCAGCUACCACCUGACCGUCAGGGCCACGGACAACGGGCAGCCGGCCCUGUGGCGAGACGGGGCCGUGAGCAUCCACGUGGCUGAUGUCAAUGACAACCCGCCGCGAUUCUUCCAGCUCAACUACAGCAUCGUGGUCCAGGAGAGUGCCCCCCUGGGCACCAGCGUCCUUGAACUGACCGUGAGUGACAGGGACUCCCCAGAGAAUGGGCCACCCUACUCCUUCCGCAUCGCUGAGCGCAACGACGGCUUGGCCUUCCGAAUCACCCAGGACGGGGUGUUGAUGACCGCGGCCGUGCUGAGGAGAGCAGCCAAGGAGCAGUAUCUGCUGCAGGUCCAGGUGUCGGACAGCGGGGACCCUCCCCUCUGGUCCUCAGCCUACGUCCACAUCCAGGUGACCGAGCGGAGCCGCUACCCACCGACGGCCCUGCCCUUGGAGAUCUUCAUCGCCACCGGGGAGCCGGAAUUCCAGGGCGGGGUGGUCGGGAAGAUCCACGCCACGGACCAAGACCCAAACGACUCCCUGCUCUUCAACCUGGUGGAGGAGAAGCCGGCCGGGCACCGCUUCUCCGUGGGGCCCACCGACGGCAAGGUCGUGGCCGCCGCGGGGCUGCCCCUCGGCCGCUACGCCCUCAACGUGUCCGUCAGCGACGGGACCUUCGCCGCUUCAACCGGGGUCCACGUCCAGGUGUGGCACCUGAGGCCCGAGGCUCUGGAGCGGGUGGUCCUGCUGCGUCUCCGCCACCUCUCCCCCGAGGAGUUUGUGGGCGACCACUGGCGCAACUUGCAACGGUUCUUGGGGUAUCUGCUGGGCUUGGGGCGUCAGCAUAUCCACCUGGCCAGCUUGCAGCCCUCGGAGGUUCCUGGGGAUGUGGACCUGCUUUUGGCUUUUGAGGGGUCUCUAAGCUCCUGGCCCGAGCCCCGGGGCCUGGUGGAUGCCAUCUCCCAGGCCACCCAGGAUAUGGACAGAACCGUUGGCAUCCAGGUGAAGAAGGUAAUGCCGGCGGUGCCGUGCCAGGGGUUGGACUGCCAGGGCCACCCCUGUAGGGAGACUGUCCAGCUGGACCCCGGAGUCAUGUCCACCUACAGCACAGCCCGGCUCAGUGUCCUGACACCCCGGCACAACGUGCAGCAGAUCUGCUCCUGCAACGGAACAGCCGCGAGGUUCAGCGGGCACAGCUACGUGCAGUAUCGUCACCCGGGUACCAGGAACUGGCGGAUUCAGUUCCAUCUAAAAACCCGCCAAUCCCACGCUGUCCUGCUUUCAGUCAAUGGGACAGAACAGCUGCUUCUGGAGCUGAGUGAUGGAGCGCCUCAUCUUCAGUACCACUGCCCAGGGGGUUUCCGUGGGAAUCUAUCCUCCGGGCACCUUGUGAGCGACCAAGAAUGGCACUCGGUCCUGGUGGAAGUGACGAGGACAUCCGUCCGCCUGCUGGUCAACGGCUCGGGCAACGCCUCGCUCCCCCUGCCGGAGCCCUGCGGGGCCCCGUUCCGCGAAGGGCUUCUGUGCCUAGGAGGCGUCGUCCACCUCCACCGGCCCCGGCUGGUCUCCCGGGCCUUCCGGGGCUGCCUGGACGCCCUCAGAGUUAAUGGAGAAGAAGUGGGGCUCCUGCCUGGGCAGAGGAAGGCGGGGACCAUCCUGGAGGAGGAGUCCAUCAAGCAGUGCUGCAGCCAUGAGAGCGACUGCAGCCAGAACCCCUGCCUCAAUGAUGGCCUGUGCUUGGAGACGCCCAUUGCUGGCUAUACUUGCGUCUGUCCCAAGCCAUUCUCUGGGGAGCACUGUCAGCUGGGUGAGGGACCCUGUACCUCCAAACCCUGCUUGCAUGGGGGCACCUGCUUCCCUACUCCCCGGGGCUACACCUGCACCUGUCUGCGUCCCUACACCGGAGAGAGGUGCGAGGCAGCGGUCAAGGAGUGCCAGGGGGAGUCGUGCCUCAUCAUCCCCCAGAUCGAAGCGGCCCACUGGGGGGGCAUGGGGCAGCAGGAGGUCGGCGUCAUCGUGGGCGGGGUGCUGGGCGUCGUGCUCCUGGUGGGCAUCUUCGUGGCCGUCCGCUGGCGCUGCCGCCCCUCCGAGACCCACAAGCCGGUGGCCAAGGAGGACCCAGACCUCAUCUCCAAGAGCAUGGGGGUGGACACGCGGGCCCUGCCCCCCAUCGAGCUCAACAUCCUGGGGGGCGGCGGCGGCGGGGGCUCCUCCAACGACCUGGACGGGCCCGAGCCCCGCAAGGGCCCCGCCCUCACGCCGGAGUUCGUCACCUUCGGCCCCGCCCACGGCCCCAAACACCGCAGCAUGGCCGUCUGCAGCGUGGCCCCCAACCUGCCCCCGCCCGCCCCGCCGUCCACCUCCGACAACGAGUCCGUCGUCAAGAGCGCCUGGGCCGCCGAGGAGAUGGUGUACCCUGCCGAGACCACAUACUGGCCGCCCCGGUACCACCCAGCGGAGCUGCAGGAGUACCCCCGCUACGAGCUCAUCCAGGGGCCCCUGCCGCCCUCCCCUCACCGCCGCCCGCCUCCCCCCAUCGACUCUGAGCCCGCCGGCCUCUAUGGCGGCUUCCCCUUCCCGCUGGACCAGAGCAACAAGCGGGCCCCCAUCCCGCCCCGCUACAGCAACCAGAAUCUGGAGGACUUCCUGCCGCCACCCCCGCCCCCUCGCCCGCCCAGCCCCCGGGACCGGCCGCCCGUCCCCUGCCAGAACGAGUACACGGCCAUCAGCUAUUACCCGUCCCAGUUCCUGCAGGGCGAGGGACCCCUCUACCCAACCGAUCUGGGCUACAAGCGGGUCAGCGUGAGGCUCAGCGUGGCUCAGCCUUCCUACGCCGACGGCCAAGUGGGGCCCCCACCGCCCGGGGGUCGGGGCCAGCCAGGAGCCCCGCGCCACUACGAGGGCUCGGACAUGGUGGAGAGCGACUAUGGGAGUUGCGAAGAGGUGAUGUUCUAGCCGACGCUAGGAGAGGACCCCGGCCCCACCGGCUGCCCCCUUGCCAGGAACUCUGGCAGGAAGCGGUAGAGAGCGAGACUGCCGCUCCCAGCCCAUGAGAGUCCUGGGGGUUUGGCUGCCCAAGAGGACCCAGCCGAGGCAUAGGGGAGAUGCCACAAAACCACCCUGCCCCCUGCCUCCUUCUCCUGAGCAGCCAGCUCUCCCAGCCCAGCUCCUGGGUCCCCCUGCAAGGGGAGGGGGUGGGUUGGGGUGCCCUCCUGGGGACUGGAGAUUCAGUACUAGGUGCCCGGGCAAGGGAAAGCACUGAAGAGCCAGGGACCGGCUCCAGAAAACUCCCACUACAGCUGGGAGACACUGAGCCUGAGGGAAAACCUACUGGCCUUGGGGCCAAGCCUCACACCCUGGAGUGCCUGGCCAUGAGGAGCAAGAGUCUCACACACCGGGUCAAAUCCAACACCCUGUUGUCAGCCAUGGGCUGACGCCUGCUCUGGGCCAACUGGCCCCAUGGUCGCACGGUCACCCAGCUGGCUGUCCAGAUUGAGGUUGCCCUUCCCACUCCUCACCGCCCCUCAUGCAAGAGCAUCCCUAAAGGAGCCCCCUCUGAUCAAGGGAACAUAAUUCUGUUAUCUAAACCACUCCCUGGCUCCUCCCCUUCCUGGACUCCAGGCCAAACCCAGGACCUGGGGGCAGACGGCAGAGGGGAAGCAAGGAGGGGGACAUGAAAGCUCCCUCCCCGGCAGCGAGCAGCUGAGCACACCCGUCCUCGGGUCCUGAGUGAGCCUGGCAGUAGGUCCCAACCUUCCGUUCCCCUUCCCUGAUCGCACCGGCUCCCUGAUGCUGGGUUGUGCUGGUACAGACGUGUCCCCUUAAUCCCACCCCUCCCAGGGCAGGCACAUAGGGACCUGCCGGCCCUCCACACUUCCGCCUCAAAGCUUAGAAACCAGAAUGUUACAUGUUUGGUUACCUGAAUGUUAUGUGCUUGGUUACCUGAAUCCCAUGCGUGCAUGCGAGUGUGUGCAUGCACCACGUCCGUUAGAAUGCCCACCCCGUUUGGAGAAGCUGAUGAUAGCCAGGGCAGAAUGUUCAGCCACGAUCCCCACAGCCUGGCCAUCAGUCCCACUUCCAGGGUCCGCUGUCUUUUCGUAUAAACUCCAUCCCCGGGGCAGAUGAGAACACGAUCUCUGCCAAAGUAGCGCCGUGAUGGUUGCUGGGAGAGAGAAAGAGGCUGUCUGCUCCCUAUGUUUCCGCCUGGCCAAUCAUGUUGGGUUGUACCUGGACUGCAGUAAAAGCCUACUUUACUUUC